AAUGAUAUUGUUGAAGCUAGCAGUGAGGUUUUAGCGCAGAGUUAUGCGAAUGUUGACGAUAACUUGGUAGAAGAUCUCACUAACCAAUUGAAGAAAGUUCAGAAUGAAAUUGAAGCAUACCGCGAACGCACCGAGGAACUUGAGGCGGCAACACAACAACUAAAAUCCGAGAAUAAGGAAAAACACGAGAUCAAUGACUUACUUUCCCAGCAAGUUAAUAAAUUACAAAAGGAUCUAAACUCGUUGGCCGAAGAAUUUUUUGAUGCCUCCGCUAAAUAUGAAGAUGCCGAUGUCUUGUUACAAAAACAGAGAACUUGUAUCUCAGAAUUGGAAGCGGCCCUUGAAGCUACCCGAAAACAGAAGAGUUCGGAGUCAUCAACUGCCCAAGCUACACCUGUUCUAUCUCAACUUGCUGCAGCUAAUGAGACCUUGAGGCAUACCAACGACGAGUUGAAUUCGCAGAUUGUCGAAGCUGAAUCGCGUUCGUUGACUUUUAGUGAAAAAAUAAAGAAUUUAGAAAACGAAAUAGCUACUCUCAAAUCUUCUAAGGACAAUGAAGAACCAAUAAAAACGUUAAAAGAAAAGGUGAACACUCUUGAAGCAGAAAAAAUUGGGUUGGAACAAGCGAAUAAUAAUUUUGCCGAAGAACGUCGCAGACUAAACGCCAAAUUAGAAUCUUUAAUGCAGCAACUUCAGUCUGUAGGCAGGGGUGGAAAUAAGACUGCUGCCCAUCUUGCAGAAUUAAACUCGAAAGUUUUUUCUUUAGAGAAAGAGAUAGAACAAGUAAAAGAAAGAUCCAAAACCGAGGCUACAGAAAUGGAAAUGGAAAUCGUACGAUUAACCGAAGCAAUCGAGAAACUCGAACAAGAAAAUGAUGAUGACACCAAAUCGGAACGUUUUUCAGCAUCACGGAAUAGCGCGGAUACAUCUGUACAUGAGAAGUUUUUACAACAAGAGAAUAAAAUAGUUCAACAAACUGCCAUCAUUAAAACCCUUCAAGAAAAGAUAAGUGAACUCGAGCGAAGGUCCCCUGUGGGAAGUUCGGGUCGAGGAACACCUCAAAUUCCAGCAGAUUUAGAUGCCGUAGGAGGAUAUCGAUCAAUCAAUGGUCUUUCGGAUUCAAGGAAACAAGGUAUUUCUCGUGCCACAUCACCAACACACUUCAAACCACCACCCACGCCACCGCCAAAUCAACCAUUACCUCCAACACCGUCAGCGCCAUACUCACCACCAUCGACGCCAAUUCCUGGUACACCUAUGAUCUCAUCGCUACGAUCUACGAAUUCGAGAUUGGACUUGCGUGGUGGCUCCGAUGGUGCAAGUACACCCACUCCAGAUCCGACAUUGGAGAUCCAAAAACUACAAAAGAAAAUAACAACAAUGGAAGCAGAAAAGACGCAAUAUAAUCAAUUGGUUGAAACACUAGAAGCGUCACUCAACGAUACAGAGGAGAAUCUCAGAGUAGCUAAACAGCAAUUACAAUAUUUGCAACGUGAAAAAGGUGAUCUCCUGAAUCAAACGAAAAGCCUGAAAACUCAGUUAGAGGAGAUGGCCAUACAAUUUGAGGAUACUAAAAAUUCAGUGCAAGAAGAAAAGAAAGUUAUAGAAUCUGUAUUGGAGGAAGAGAGACGAGCCAAAGAAUCUGCCGAAAGAGCAAGACGGCAACUUGAGUCUCGUAUGGAGGAACUAAUGGCGAAGAAACAUAAAUUCAUGUGUUUCUAA